AUAAUCAUACCUGCAUUGAAGAAACGUAUAAAGAAUUAAGAGAAAAGCUUUAGGCUUCAGUUACAAAAUACAGUGAUCUAUUUUUAAUUCAAUAUUGGCAUGAAUGAAGGGAAGUUUAGGCGCAGAUGAUUUAAGAAAUAACUUUGAAGAUUCGACCGCAAAACAACAAUAGUUUUAAUUUGUGUUACACAUACAGUUAUUCAUUUGGAUUUGUAAACAUAUUACAUGCAAAACUGUGCAUUGUGUGCUUAAAUAACUAAAUACAUUCGGAUUAUAUUCAACAAUAUCACAUUAAAACCAUGUUUACAUCACAUAAUAGCAACUACUACAUAAACAAAGUAACAGUUCCGAAGGUAUUUGUAUCGUUCUUAGUUUGUUUUUGUUUACUUUAUGUAAUUUUAGUGAAUCUAAGACUGCCAGUAUAUCAGCAAGAACCUCAGAUUAUGGCUAACAACACGAAAGUAUCAUUCUAUGUAAAUGGUCCCAAAGACGGAAAACAAAUUACGACAUCUGAAAAACAGACUAAACUGGUUCAACAUAAAACAAAGCAUUUAAUUGUUAACGAAAGUACUUAUCACCAGUCAGUGAAUAUAACGAUACCAUAUAAAGCUGAAAAAGAAAAGCUCAAGAAUGUAGGAGAUACAAAGAAUAAAAAAAGGAUAAAAAUAGUUGUGUAUUUUCCACGUCAAGUGAGAAUAUCAACCGAAAUAAGCAAAUUAAAAAUGAGUAAGUGCGAAAAUAAGAAUUGUUUUAUACAACAAAUUUAUGUAGAAAUAAAUGGUUCUAUCGUUGAUGCUGACGCUAUAGUAGUUCAAGGGAACAAUAUGCCAAACUUCCUUCCUGCUCGAAAAGAUGCAGAACAGGUUUUCGUCUUUUUAAAUAACGAACCACCUAUGUAUAUACAGCUGACUAAUCUGAACAAAAAUACUUUCAACAAUUAUUUUAACUGGACUAUGACAUACAGGACAGAUUCAGAUAUACCACUCUUAUAUGGUGAGAUAGUUCGUAAAAGGAAAACUUUUGAAGAAAAUGUAAAUAUCACGAUGAAAAGAAACGAGCGUUACAAAAUUGAUAAAAACACAGUCGUUGAAAAGAACUACUCUUUUAUUUUUCGAAAUAAGAGUAAAAAUGCCUUUUGGAUGGUGAGUCAUUGCUCAACGAAAUCAAAAAGAGAAAAUUAUAUUCAUAAAAUGAAAAACUUUACAGAGAUUGACCAGUUUGGACGAUGCAAUAAAAAGUCUGUGACAAGCAAAGCAUUGGACAGAAUGUCAAAACAGUAUAAGUUUUACUUAGCAUUUGAAAACACCCUUUGUAAUGACUAUAUAACAGAGAAAGUAUUCAACUGGUUUGCAAGUGAUGUUGUGCUUGUUGUACGAGGCGGGUGUGAUUAUUCGAAGUUUCUUCCUAAAGGUACCUAUAUAGAUGCCAACAAGUUUUCAACACCUGUUCAGCUAGCAAAAUAUCUGACCAAGCUAGGACGAAAUGAAAGAGGUUAUAUUAGGUUUUUGAAGAAAAAGGACGAAUACCAUGUGAUCAGAGAAUUAGAAAUGGUUCAGUUAGCAUUCUGUAACUUAUGCUUUAGGUUAAAUAAUAUAAAUGAAUACCGAAAUUCAGUUGCAAAUGUGUACAAGUGGUGGCAGAUGAAUGCAUGUUGGAAACCUAAGGAUCUAUAAAUUGGAAAUGUUUAACAUAUGUCGCACAGCAAGUGCUUGGAGAAUAACUAGCUACAGUGAAACACUGCCGUAGGGGAUGAGCAAAAUGCCCGAAUUAUCCAUGGUUCGAGCGACCCAAACAUUGACCAACAAACGAAGAAAAUUGAAGUUUGUUUUACCAAUUGCCAUCGGGACUUUUUGCACAGGAAACGGUGAUGCGUAAUAAUAACACACUCGUGACAUUUUCAAAAAAAAGUCUACCGACGUUUCAAUAAUUAUGUAAUUUGUAAAUGGCACAUGUGAAAAAACAACUAAGACUUUAUCUUUUUUUUUUAUUUAUCAAGAAAUGCAUAUAUAAAUUAAAUUUUCAUUCAUUCAUUCAUUCAUUUCAUUCAUUCAUUCAAAAACAAUACAGAAAUGGUCGCACUCAUUUUAGCAUAUGAAACAAUUAAAAACUUUAAAAUUUCAAAUAGUUCUUACUUCAAUAACUUUUGUAAUCCUUCAUGAAUUAAAAUUGUCUUUUCGUCAGAACACAGUAAGAUUAACACUGAGUACCGGAGCCACUGGCACGGAAUGACCAUUUUGAGAAGAUAGGUCAGUAAGAGAAAGCCAUGGACUGGUACUGACAGUUUAGAGAAGGUAAGCAAAACGACAUGGAAGAUUUUGAAAUUAUAAAUCUGACUUUUCCUUAUUUUCUGCCACUUUUAUUUGAAAAACUGUACUCGAAUUCGCAAUUUUCUUCUCCAAAUUAAGAUCUCAUAAUUAUCGUUCCUUUAUAUGCAUACAAGCACAGCUGAUCUCAGAAUUGUUUUUUUUUUUUCGAUCUUGCAGAAAAUGUGUAAAAAGUUAACUUGCUUGAAUAUAAAACAAACAGUAAUUGAUCAAUAUUUGAUAAAUAAAACUUUUCUUCAACUUUUCAUCAAUAAUUAAUCUCAUUAUCAGAUUAAAUAUACCGGAAUAGACCAUGCAAUUCUCAUGGCGUGCGAAUUUCAUUACGCUAAGUAACAUGCAUUAUUUAGAUCAAAUAGUUGAAAUGUACUCGGGUUUUAUCUCGAUGACUAUGUGUGACAUACAGAAAAUACAAUGUUUUAAAGCCAUACUGAUAUACACACACCAUUUAACAAAAAUACUCGGACAUCUUUUCAUAUAAGAUUUCUUAAAUUACCCUUUCCCCAUUCCUUUCAAUUCCCAGCUUGACUCUCUAAUAUCUUCGCUUUAGAUAAGGGCCUCGACAUCGGGAAAGCUAUAAAAACUUAUAUAUACCCGACUUACAUCGAAGCAUCUUUAUAUAUUUAUUUAUGGCCUGUACACGGUUUGAAACUGAAUAAAACUUAUUUUGUCUCUAUACAUCAAAUUGUAAAAUAGAAUUAGAUUGUUUAAAUGGCGCACUUCAUCUCAGUUGAUAAUCAAUUUAACAGUGAUCUAAAAUAUGUACUGUACAUAAUGUUAUACAUUGUAUAUGCAUUUAUAUUUGCCGCGCUUCUUGUUUUGUUAAGUUUUGGUACAUUGUAUAUAAAGCUUUACCAAUGAUACAAGGGAAGUACUGUAGUCCAGAUAUUUAAAGUAUGCUUUACAUUUUAAGCUGUGAGAACAGUAAUAUCAUAUAUGUUGUAAAUAUUUAUUUUAAAUAUUAAGUAAUGUCAUUUCAAAUCAGAACGAUUUCUGUUGUCCGCUCAUUUUGAAAAUAUGUAAUGUAUAGCUUAAAUUUGUGUGUUUAGUGUUUGUUCACUUUAUUCAUGUACUUGUUUACUUCAUGUACGCUGCUCACUUCGAUAUGUGCAAUUAUUUGCAAUUGUCUGUAUUACAUGUUUCUCAUCUUAUGGCGGAAUAAAAGAUAUCUAACUAUC